UCAGGCCAUUGGAAAACUAAUCAAGGCUCAGCGAUGCUCGAGCAAAUCACGUUAACGGAGAAGUACAAGUCCUGGGUGGAUGAGAUUUCCGAGCUCUUUGGCGGCAUGGAGGUAUGCGGCAUAUCCGUGGUGGUCGGCAAAGACGGCCGCGAGCACAUCAUAAGUGCUUGUGAUUGUACAUUUGCUCUAAUUGGCGAUAGUCAGGAAGAAGAUCGGCGCCAGAUCGCAGAUUUAGUCUCGGCACGAAUGCAAAACGUYUGUCGGCCAAGCAUGGCACAGGCUGGUGGACCACCACAUGGUAUACGUCAACCAUCACGCUCAUCCAUUUCCUCACGUGGUGAGAGUCCUACCGAGGAUAUGGCACCAACACCACCGGCACCCGCCGGUCCACGUCCGGCUCCAAUGGGCGGUCCACCACCAAUACCCGAGCGUACUUCACCAGCAGUCGGCUCAAUAGGACGUCUCAGCAGUCGCAGCAGCAUUUCCGAGGUACCUGAGGAGCCAACUGCACCGGCUCCGACCAGUGUACCCGGAAGCGCGGGCGGUGUGGUCCGACGGGAUUCACAAACAUCGCAGACAUCGAGCGUAUCGUCGGCCUCGAGGGUCUCGACACGUCCGCCGCAAACGCAAAGUUCCGUUGUUGAAGAUGCGGAGGAUACAAUGAAGAAUUUGCGUAAGACCUUUGCGGGGAUAUUUGGUGACAUGUAGGAAUUAGCGAACAAGAAACGCGGAAGAACAGCUAGCGAGACAAGCAGCGGUGGCGGUGGACCUGGCAGUGCAGGCGGCAGUGGCAUAAGCGGCAUCAGUACCGGUUCAUUUCUAGGCAAGCAAUUCUCGUUUGCCAGUAGCGGUGGCAAGUCAGUGAGUGGCAGCACUUCAAGCGUCGCCUCCGAUGUUAUCUCAGCACAGCCGUCACCCAAACUGGUCGCCGAGAAGMCAUACGAUGCACGUUCGGACACCUCAACGAACUCCACAUUGACAGCGGGCAGUAUGAGCGUUAGCGCCAGCUCAGCGGCUAGCUACAGCAGCAAGCCAUCUUCCAGCGUUUUAGAUACAUUCCAAGAAGAGAACAAAUACAAACCAGUCACCAAUUUUGAGCCACAAGAGCGCGUUAAUCCCUUCGAUAAGGGCGCWCUAAAAACUUCCGCAACCAAUCAAACUAUCGGUAGCGUCGUAUCCACCACAUCAUCUUCAUCGAUCUCAUCCUCUUCGAUUUCAUCGCGCAUCAAUCGUAACGGCAAUAUGGGCAUUAAGUCGCCACCACCGCCGACUGGACCACCACCGCCACCACCGACUGGCGCUAUCACUAGCAGCAGCUACCGCAACUCAACCUCGACCACGCCACCAAGCGCCGGCAAGGAUAACCGUACUUUCAAUUACGGYAGCUCAACUUCCAUUGAGACCAUUACACGCAUGGAUACCAAUACAACAAAUACCACAACAGCUGGCCCGAGCAGCGAUGCCGCCACUGCUGCUGGUGCUAUCGCYGAUGAUAACAAUACAACUGGCGUUGCUGCUGGCGCUACUUCCUCCACGAGCGGUGGCCCAGAUUGGAAGUCAAAGAUGGGCAUACGUUCGGCAAGCGUCUACAGCGCGCCCGCCAAUUUACCAGCAGCUGGUGAUACCUCCGGCUAUGCAUCCAACUCAAGCCCUGCUUCGAACGCCUACAACACCACAGCCGAUCUGCCAUCGUACACACGACCAUCUUAUUCGCGCUCCGAGAGCAAUGCUUCCAACAAACAAUCCGACUUGGACAUAAUCUUCGGCGACACCAACAACGCUAAGCCCAGCUAUGGUAAUAAUGGCAAGUACACACGCGCCAGCGGUUCACUCUCCGAUGCUGAACUCAUCUUCGGCGGUCCACCGACCAAUUACAAGGCCGAUCGCUUUGGCGCCUCCAAGAGCAUGAGCGUCACAUCCGAGCGCAGCAACGACGGCAAUGACAGCUACAAUUCGUACCGCAACUACGAGGGCAUACAAAAUGCGGCAUUUAGCGAUUUUAGUGACUCGCCGAAGACGGGCAGCGUCAGCAGCAUUAAUUCGUUUGGCAAUACGAAUCGCUGGAAUAAGCCGCCGGUCGAAGAGGAUGAUGAAUUGGAUUUGAAGUAGGACAGGGUAGUGAAUCUUAGCAAAAUUAAAGUUCGUUAAAUGGCUGGUGUAUAUAUACAUAUUUGAAUAUAUAAAUUAUGUACAUAUAUGUGGAUAUGUACGAACGCCAGACAUUAGAAAAUACAAAUUUGAACUUAGAAAAGUAAAAKAAAAUGAAGAAACGGAGCAGAAAUAUAUAUGAAAAGUAAACAAUACAUACACAUGCGCAUCUUUCGCCUCUGAAGUUUCCUGGUUUCAUAGUGGAAAGAAUUCUUCAUAGAAACAAGCGUAGAUGGAAAGUUGAAUUAAAUUUUAAAUUUUUUUUUUACUUAUUUUUUAUUUUUUUUAUUUGUUGUCUUUGGUCAAAGUAAUUUUACGUCAAAACAUAUUGAACUAGUUUUAAGAAUUCUUAAAAUUAUAUGAGAAAACGGAACUUAAAAGUGUAUUAGAAAAUAUGAAGUUGGCUUUAAAUAUUUUAUGAAUAACUUCUGUUCGUAGAAUGAUCCGGAAAURUUUUGAAAAAGUACCGAAACGUUAAAGUAAAAGCCGUAGUAAAGGCAACAAUUGAGAAUAGUAUGGGAAUUGAAAUAGUAUGCCACAAAUGACACAAUCUGUGUCACGGACUCUUUAAUUUGUUCAUCAUAUUUCGUUAUGGUCUAUCUAAGGCUAUCCACGUAGUUGAAUUCAAUCUGACAGCUUGAUCUGUGCGGUAGUGAGGAGAGUUUGUGUUACAGGGUUGAGCGUUAAAGAGCGUCAAGGUGAGAGAAGUAGGCAGCUUACAGAGCACAGCAAGGCUUACAGAACUUUAUAAAGUUUUCAAAUACAUCAAAAGCUUGUGAAGACGUCUAAAAGGUACAGAACACUUGAAAGUUCAAAGAGUGUGAUAAGGCUUUGUAAAAUAAAAGUAAGCAAGUUUUAAGAGGCAUUCAGCGUGGGUGCUAGGAACAAUUAGUAGAAUAUAAAGUAUUAGAUGUAACUAUGCAACAAAAAAUAUGUUUCUGUCAUUCGUAUAUAUGGAGGCACAUUCCUCCCGCCACUAUGCGCCUAGCCUAAGAUUUUUUGAACGUUAAACCAAAUGAAAUAGUAAAACUUUCAUUUACAAGUAGGAACUGUGAGCCCAAUAAAUGAGACGCAAGACUUUCGUAUGAACAAUUUUUGAACUUCACAUUUUUCUAGAACGGAUUCGUUUUUAAAAGCCAUUCAUUUUUAUCAAGUAAGCAACAUAGUUGGCAUCAAAAGGGGGAUCUUUCAACUGUCAUAUGAAAUGUUUUAACAACUUGCAUUAAGGACUUAGUUUGUAGACGCAAAGUUGAAAGUGGGACUUCAAGAGGAUGAAGAGGAGGAAGAGAUUGUAUACAUAUUAUGCAUUAGUUAGUGUAAUUGAGUUAGAGGGUUGGCCUCUUUAGAUCAAAGAAUAAUCUUACUUGGACAGAUAGAGACGCUUUUCCGUUGUAAUGCUCAGAGCUCUUACUGAAUUAAAAAAAAAAAACCGUCAUCUGACACAAAUUUAUUGAGGAGGACUAUUAUCAAUUCCAGCCAAUUCGGCGGGUUCGCACAUUAGUCUGACGAAAGCUGGACUGUAGAGUUGAAAGUGUCUGGAUAUUGCGACCUCAUCCUCUUCAUUCCAACUUUAACAAGUGUCGUCCCACUAAAGCCUUGGGCUCACCGUGAUAGGGCCGAUGGAAUAGUUUACAGUUARGGCACCCUAUCACAUACUACUUAAAGAAUGGAAGCUCUAAAGAAUUCAAAAGCAAAUCGAUGAAUAUCGGCCUUUCAACGAUUCCGCUGUGGUCAGCCACCGCGGCAAGUUAAAUAUAGAGGUAGCUGGAUGAUAUUGCUAGUGACUUCAGGCACUUGUGGACUAGCAAAGUGCCGGGUGCACUGUCAGCGACCUCUAGGCCUAUAUAGCGCUCUGACAGAAGACUUUCCCUCCACCCUUACUCUUCGUCGACUCGAUCCACUGUUAUCAAGUCCAGUAUGUUUUGUCGCAGAUUGUGGUUUUAGUCAAAAAUUAUUAUAUUAUUACGAUAAAUAAUUAUAUAACUUAAAGGUUUUCAAAAUCAUUUCUGUUAUUAUUCGUAUUUUAUAUAACGAAACAACACACAUAUAAA